AUGCUGAGUGCUCUGGAUUUAUCUGAUAAUAAUUUAUCAGGAAACAUUCCUAGUAGCCUUGGUGAUUGCACUAGCCUUUCAUUCUUAUCCCUCAAAGGUAACUCAUUUCAAGGCAUAGUACCAUCGUCAUUAACUUCAAUGAGAGGAGUUGAGAUACUUGAUCUCUCUCAUAAUAAUUUAUCAGGCCAAAUCCCUCAAUUCAUGGAACGGUUUUCAUUCGUAUAUGUAAACCUAUCAUUUAAUGAUUUUGAGGGUGAAGUACCAGUGCUAGGAGUGUUUGCCAAUGCCAGUGCAUUCUCUGUUAUGGGUAAUAGCAGGCUUUGUGGUGGCUUGGCUGAACUUGGGUUACCCAAAUGCAAGAAGACAGAAAAACAUCAAAAAGAGUUUCCUCUGUCCAUCAUAUUCAUUAUAAUUGCGUUCACCAUUUUCAGCAUUCUAUGUUUAGUGUAUGUUUGGUAUAAGAAAAGGAAGGGCCCAUCAUCUCAAUCACUUAGGGAUGAACAGUUCAUGAAAGUAUCAUACGGUGAACUUCUCAAGGCUACCAAUGGAUUCUCCGAAGCCAAUUUGAUUGGCGAGGGUGGGUUUGGCUCUGUUUACAAAGGAGUCCUUGAUGAUACAAUUGUUGCAGUCAAAGUUCUUCAUCUGCAAAACCGAGGUGCUCACAAAAGCUUUAUAGCGGAAUGUGAAGCAUGGCGGAAUAUCCGACACCGGAAUCUGUUGAAGAUAAUAACUUCAUGUUCAAGUCUUGACUUUCAAGGCAAUGACUUCAAAGCUUUGAUAUUCGAGUUCAUGCCCAAUGGGAGUUUACAUGAUUGGUUGCAUUCAAGUUCAAGUACAUCCAGGCUAAACCUUCUUCAAAGAAUAAAAAUCCUCCUUGAUGUUGCAUCUGCACUUGAUUAUCUUCACAAUCAUUGCCUGCCAACAAUCGUUCACUGUGACCUGAAGCCUAGCAACAUUCUGCUAGAUGAUGAUUUAGUGGCUCACAUUGGAGAUUUUGGGUUAGCUCGAUUUCUUGGAACAAAUUCAGACCAAAACAGCACAAGUGGCAUUAGAGGAACAAUUGGGUUUGCACCUCCAGAGUAUGGUGUUGGGAGUGAGAUGACAAGUAGUGGGGAUGUCUAUAGUUUUGGAAUACUAUUGUUGGAGGUGAUGACAGGAAAGAGGCCGACAGACAACAUCUUUAAUGAAGGCCUCAGCCUUCAUAAAUUUGCAGACAUGGCCUUGCCAGACCAUGUAAUCGAUGUUAUUGAUGAUGACCUUCUGAAUUUACUUCAAGAGGAAGUUAUUGCUACGCAAUGUACGGAAGCGAAAGCAAAGAAAAUAGAGGAAUGUGUGGCCUCAACUAUGAAGAUUGGAGUAUCAUGCUCUAUGGAUUCCCCGCCACAACGGAUGAAUAUUGAAAAUGUUGUCCGUGACUUGCAGCAUAUUCUGGAUAUGCUUCAAAAUAUGUGA